AUGGAUUAUCGUAGCGAACGAGGCAAGGAGCCUCUGCGCCAGAGCCACGCCGCCGCCGCCGCUUCUCCUCCUCCCCGGCCCUUUCCCGAGCACGAGCUCUCCCACAGGAGCUCGAGCAUCUCCGACGUCACAGACAUUGGCAUCAGCCCCUACGAAGCGUCCGCCGUCAGCGAAUCGGUCCUGACGAGCCCGGUCCACGCCGUCCCCUCGCCCACGUCCCUGUACAGCAGUGGCGGCAGUAUUAGCUCGCCAUUCGGAGACGAGGCGCAACAGCAGCAGCCGUCGCAGCAGGCUCGACGGUCUUCGUGGCGCGGGACGCUCUCGUACACUGGCUCUCGACGUUAUGCGCCGCUCGCGGGCGGCGGCGAUGCCGCGCGACCAGCACCCGGCCGACGAACCUCGGCGACGAGCAUUCGCUCGCGGAGCAGCUACGCGUCGACCCUCGCCAGCACCAUCCCAGAGAACGGCGAGGACGAGUCGUACGCCAUGACGCUACUCGCUCACCCGGCGGCCAUGGGCAUGGCGCCUCUCCCGCAGUCUACGCGCCAUGUUUCGGACGAUAUGACGACGCCCAUGUCGCCCGUGGGCUUUGACGUUGGGUCCGCACUCGGUCCCCUCUCGGCGCACGAAAACGAGUACAUUUCCCAGUGGCAGCAGCAGGAGGCGCAGGGCAUGCUGUCCGGCGGCUUGGGCCAGGGCUUCCGCGCAGAUUCCACGCUGCGCGACGCCGAGCUGCUCGCCUCGCCGCACCGCGGCCGGAGCAUAUCCCGUUCCUUUACAUUUCGCCGGACGGUGGCGCGGCAGCCGCCGACGCGCGCCGAGACCAUCAAGACCCGCGGCCAGGACGAGGCGGACCGUCUGGGCCGCGUCAUCGAGGUCAUUAUUCAAGAGCCCAGCGCGGACCUCAGCAGUAUCGAGGGCAGCCACAUGUCCAUCCACAACAACAACGAGCCCGACGAGCUGCGGCGCUCGACGUUUCCCAGCAUCGCCGGGCCGACGCCGACACGGCAAAUCUUCUUCCCCAAGCCCAACUGGAAGCCGUGGUCGAUGCGCUGGCCGCAUCUCACACUGCUGGUGCUCGUCUCGGUCGGGCUCGCUGUCAUGCAGGAGGUGCUCUUUCGGCGUUUCCACAACACGCCCAUCCUGACGUUUCACUCGCCGCGCGAGAUCAAGCCGCUCAUCUACUUUGCCGUCAAGUUCCUGCCGACGCUCGCGGCCGUCGUCUACGGCGUGCUGUGGCAGUUUACCGACUUUGAGGUGCGCCGCCUCGAGGCCUUUUACCAGCUGUCCAAGGACGGCGGCGCGCUGGCCGCCGAGUCCAUCAACGUCGACUACGUAACGAGCUUCAACCUCUUCCGCCCCUUUCGCGCGCUCAAGCUGGGCCACUACACGGUCGCCGUCUCGUCGCUCGGCACGCUGCUUGCGGGGUCCUUGGGGCCUACAUUUGCCGCGGCGACGGUUAUUCUGACGCCGAGUCUACAUGAGCGCAAGGCGCACCCCGACGCCGAAAAGACGCUCACCUUUUCGCCGACUUGGUCGCGGCUCCUCACUUCGACGCUGGCCAUUUGCGCCGUGCUUUCCAGCGUUUUAUUCAUACUGUUACAGAAGCGUCGCUCCGGGCUCAACUCGGACGUGCGUGGCAUCGCGGGCCUCGCGUCCAUGGCGGUUGUGAGCCACAUCCUCAUGGACUUUAAAGACAUGGACACGGCGAAACACCACGACAUCCACCACAAGCUCAAGUACCACCGCUACAUGCUCAAGAACUCGUCGCUGGCGCCCGACGACGAGAACCCCGCGUCGAGCAAGGACCGCGAAAAGUAUGACGACGACGCCCUCGAUCACAUGUCGGACAAUCCACACCCGCUGAUGCUGCGCCCGGCCGGAUGCAUCUCGUUCAUCAUUGCGAUGGUGGCGUUUAUGGGGUUCGUGCCCGCCUUUGUGUUUACCGACGCGGGCGUCGUGACGGACAAGGCGCCGUGGUUCGCGACGGCGUGGGCCGUGUGCCUGAAGCUCUCGUGGCACGGCAUGGAGACGGCGGUGCGCAUGAUGGAGCCCUACUACAUCCUCUCCAAGCGGCACGCGCCGUCCAAGAUCCUCACGCUCGACUACACGGCGCUGCCGUUUGGCUACCUCCCGCUGCAGGCGCUGGCCAACGGGCACCUCAUCAUGUUCUUUGUGGGCUUCGGCAGCAUCCUCGCCGAGUUCCUGACCGUCUUCGUGACGGGGCUCACCACGUCGGACGGGCAGGGGUUCGUCAAGGCCUACGGGUGGAACUCGGACGACGUCAAGAGCAUCUACGCGGGGCAGGACACGCUCGUGUCCUUUUCCGUCAGCUUCGGCUUCGCCAUGUUUGUGCUGCUGUACAUGACGGUCGUGGCGACGGUCGUCUUUGCGCGCCGCCGGCACCCGUUCCUGCCGCGGCAGCCAAACACCAUUGCCUCGGUGCUGGCUUUUAUCCACCAGAGCAAGAUGCUGUACAGCUUCGUGGGCACGGCCAAGCUGAAUAGUGCUGAGAUGGCGAGGAGGCUGCGCGCGGGCGCGGGCGCGAGCGCGACGUACGGGCUGGGCUGGUUCGAGGGCCGCGAUGGGCAGACGCACUGCGGCGUGGACCAGGAGGAGCUCAUGAGCACGUACAAGCACGGCGUGGACUUUUCCAUGGGAAACAAGCCUUGGAUUACGCGGUGGGACGAGCUGUGA